AUGAACGGAAUGCACAGUUUGGAACGAAACGAGGACUUGAUGAUACGUACGGAGAGUGGCACAGUUUACAGCUGCAAGGAGUUGAAUUCUGAUAAAGAUCUAAUGAGGAUCGCCGAGUGGGGCUUCCCCAUUUUUCAUGUGGCCGAACGGCAUCCCAAAACUACGCUUAGUAGGGUAAGGCUUGUUCGUUUUUUACUAGUAACUGAGUGA